AUGUUUAUAACAAAGAUAUUUUUAAUUAUUGUUGGUGUAUUAUUGUUGGUUAUUGGAGGACACGCUGGAUUCAACAGACCACCUCCGCCCACCAGUUGUCCAUUGACCAACCGAUGCUACUAUGUAAAAUCAUGGACAGAGUAUGAUCUGCCAGUGACGCAGUACAACUGCAGUCUCACCAAUUAUGGACGAGAUGCAAUUGGUAGCAUCAACCUUGGCAUCUAUGGCAGCUACAUCAAGGAUAUAUGGGAACUGACAACCAACAACGGUGGCAAAUCAUGGGACUUGGUCGAAUGGCGUAAACAAACACCCAUCCAACCCGGACAGGCUCAUACCUGGGGAUACAACGUACACGGCCAACAAGAACUGUAUAUCAACCCAUGCAACAACUUCCCACCAACCUAUACCGCCGGCACUAGUUCAUCUGGGUUCACUCCAUUCUCCUAUGGUUCUUCUUCUUCUACUUCAGGUGGUCGUUCUCCAUCUGACUUUUAA